CUUGCAAACUUUUCCACAUCCUGUCAUGUGUUAGUUCUGAUCAUGAAUAAGUAAUAAGUAAACAAACCAAGGUUGGCUAAACAUCAGAAGAGUGAAGUUUGAAGUAUACAAGAACAAUCAUAGCCUCAACAGCAGAGAGAAUGUUUUCCAAGUCUUGUGUCUCAGUGAUGCUGCUAGCAUCAACCUUGCUAUUAGUUGCACUCCCAGCUCGUGCAGAGGAGAGGCCUGGACAGCUAGCACACGACCUUUCCUUCUCUCUGUCAGUGUCCAUUGUGGCCGUGUGUGUGGUGAUCAUGCUCAUUGUUGGAAUUGUGCUACUGCACCGAGCAAAGAAGGGACACUUCUGCUGUCUAAAACCGAGAAUCAUAUACCCUGUGGUGCAACGAAAGCGGACCAGCCGUGCAGUACGCAAGAAUGACCCAGAGGAGCCCCAGGUCCCUGCCCCCUCCUAUGAGGUCCACCCUCGUGGUGCCAAUAUUGCUCCUCCAGAUUAUGAGGACGCACUGCAGGACGUGGUGGUCCAACCAGCAGAGCCCCAGGAGCAGGCUGAGACCACCAUCGCAGACAACGUUUCCCUGGACGACACUGAUGACCGCACCCCGCUUAAUCCAUGAGCAGCUAUAUGAUUGAUUGAUACACACAUUCCUUUCUGUACUUUAUAUAGUCAGUGACACUUCCAAUAAUUGUACUUGUCUUGUUGUGUAUCACAAACAUCUGCUUUACACAAAUGAAUAUCUAUGUAAGUUAUGUGUGCUAUAAAUGCAGUCAUGAAUAGCAUUGGCAUAAGUACAAUUUUUUUACAAUCUUUUUGAUUCGUGUUUUUGGUAUUCAGACAGUAAUUGUUGAGUUUGCUAUGUA